UGGGCUUUCCGAAUCCAGGCUCUCCAAAUCUCAAAAUCAAAACCCUCUCAAAUUUUCUUCUCCCUCUAAAAACCCAAACCCUCCCUUUGCGCUUUCUCUUUCCUCGACUGCUUCUGGCGGCUGGCUCAGCACCUGUGAUACCCCCAACCAGUUCUCAGCUCUCUCUCUAGGGUUUGGCGGUCGAUCUAUCUGCGUAUUCGGAUAUGGCUCCAGUCGCUGCCCCUGCUGAUCAAACUGCGGAUUUGCUGCAGAAGCUGUCAUUGGAAUCAAAGACCAAGGCUUUGGAAAUUGCUGAGCCAACUAAAAAGUCUUCAGGUGACUCGGCAGGUAUAGCUAAUGGUCAGAAUCAGUCUAGUGAAAGGUCUUACUCACCCUUGUUACCGGAUAUGAUUGAUCCCUCAAUGUGCUAUUUUCCAAGUGGCUAUCCAUACACUGCAUACUAUGGGGCAUACGAUGGGACUGGGAGCGAGUGGGAUAACUAUGCAAGAUACCUUAAUCAAGAUGGAGUUGAGAUGCCCGCUGUAUAUGGAGACAAUGGAACAGUUAUGUAUCACAAUGGGUAUGGCUACACGCCAUACCCCCCAUAUUCGCUUGCCACAUCACCUGUGCCCACAGUUGGUCAAGAUAAUCUACUAUAUGGUGCUCAACAGUACCAGUAUCCUACUCCAUAUUUCCAGGCUCAGACUAGUGGUCUGUACCCUUCCCGAACCAAAGGUGAGACGGCAAAUUCUGGAGCGCCUGGUCAAGCAGCACCUUUGUCCAUUGAUUCCAGUAAAGGAACUGCCAAGGGGAAUGACAUUGCAAAUGGUGGUGUUGUAAAGGGCUCGAAUGGUUCAGUUCCUGCAAAGCCAAAGCCUUUAUACCAGAAUUCAUCUCUCAAUGCUAAUGGAAGAUUGCCCGGAGGUUAUACAUCUUCUGUAUAUCAUGAUCCAAGAUUUGCCUAUGAUGGAUUGCACACCUCCAUCCCAUGGUUUGACACAUCAUCAUUUUCUGAUGGGCAGGCUAAUAUGCCAGUAUCUACCACUUCAUCCACCAACAGUGUCUAUCCUCAGUCAAGGAAUCCCAACUUUCGUCCUCAUCUCAUGGGAUUGCAGCAUCCGAGACCCAUAUCAGGGAUGAAUGCAACCAAUGGAUACAUCAAUAGAAUGUAUCCAAACAAGAUGUACAGCCAGUAUGGUAACAACUAUAGAUCUAGUGUAGGUUAUGGAUCAAAUGGUUAUGAUUCUCGCACCAGCAGUCGCAGUUGGCUGGCUUCCGAUAACAAAUUUAAGCCUAGAGGAGGUAGAGCUGCAGUAGGUGGUUACUAUGGGUAUAGCAACGAUAAUAUGGAUGGUUUGACUGAGCUGAACAGGGGACCAAGGGGCAAAGGAUCCAAAACUCAGGAGGGGUUCACCCCAGUUGCUCUAGCAGUGAAAGAUCAAAACAUCCCGUUGACUGCAGAAAAUGACGGAGACAAAAAGAAAUCAUGCCUGGUUCCAGAUAUGGAUCAAUACAAUUGUUCAGAUUUUUCAGUGACUUAUGAUGAUGCCAAGUUUUUCAUUAUCAAGUCCUACAGUGAAGAUGAUGUUCACAAGUCUGUCAAGUACAAUGUCUGGUCAAGUACUCCUAAUGGAAACAAGAAGCUCAAUGAAGCAUACCUGGAGGCUCAGCAAAAGUCUGGCAGCUGCCCGAUUUUCCUAUUCUUUUCGGUUAAUACCAGCGGGCAGUUUGUUGGUGUUGCUGAGAUGGUUGGACCAGUUGAUUUCAACAAAAAGGUUGAGUAUUGGCAACAGGACAAGUGGAUAGGCUGUUUCCCAGUAAAGUGGCGUAUUGUAAAAGAUGUUCCCAACAGCUUGUUGAAACACAUAACAUUGGAAUACAAUGAGAACAAACCUGUAACUAACAGCAGGGACACUCAAGAGGUUAGGCUAGAACAAGGACUACAAGUGCUAAAGAUUUUCAAGGAUCAUGCAAGUAAACAGUGUAUUCUCGAUGAUUUUGAAUUUUAUGAGGAUCGCCAGAAGAGAAUUCAAGAAAAGAAGGCUAAACAGCUGUUCCAGAAACAGGUAUGGGAGGGUAAAGUAACCUACGAUAACAAAGAAGCAGCGAAUGGAGAAAUCAAGUCUCAAACAUCAACUGAAAUUGAAGUAAAGGAAGAAACUACUGCUGCACCAAUGAACAUUGGUGACUCCAAAUCUCUAGAAACAGUAGCCAAGUCAGAUGUGAAGGGUGCUAAUAAGGAAGUUGCAUCAGUAGCAAACAGCAAGAGUGCAGAUGUUGUGGUAAAUGGUUGCUAGCUCCAAUCUUCGUGUACAAGAGAAGCCCAAUCUGAACUUUAUAUAAAAAACGGGCAAUAGUGCUUCAGUGGUGAUUUGAAGAAGGCGUAAACUUUUGGGCAUGCUUAUAUCUCUCUGUAAGCACAGAAUUGCUUCUGAAGGAAUCCAUUUCUGGGAGUGUCUCAAGAAAUCUGCAUAUCUCCUGCUGCUGAUUUCUUAAAGCUCUCUCAAGGAUUUAUAGGGGAUAUAAAGCCUCGAUCAAUUUUCCGCCUGAUGGGUUAUUUCUCUGUUGACCUAGCUUCCAAUGUGGCAUUUGCUGCCCCGUCCUUGUUUUUGCAGUUUAUUUUUGCUCUUUUUCAAUUUGUUUUUUUAGUGUCGAGAUCUUUAUUAUAUAUUUAUAGUUUGGUGUUUGCUUUGCUAAGCUUUGUCAUUAAUGUCAUAUCCUUGAAAUCCUAGUAUGUAUUAGAUGAAAGUAUGGACUUUGGUGGUACUUUUACUUCUGUUCUCUUUAGAGACCUAUACGUAUAUUAAGUUGGAAAUGCUUUUGCUACUUGCAAGUUACAAGUUACAACUAGGCU